GUUCUUAUGUAUAGUUUUGUUUCGUCUAAUGCAAUGGUUUAUUUGAGUGCUAAUAUAUUUAAUAAUUCCCUUACUUCUUUCAAUUUCUUACUGAACUUCAGAAAUGUCACAAAAUUAAAAAAUGCUUUUACGCUACAAUGGAGGUAUACCGGCUCAGUACGUUUCAGCUGUAAUGAUACUGAGUUCACCCCAAAAUUGGGCAAAUUACUACUAUUUUCUAACUUACCAUCGAAAUCAUUAUGUUAUUUGUGUAGUCGAAAUGAAAGGAACUUUUCUAGGUGGACAAAAUAUUCACAGAAUGGAUUUUUUGCUGGACAAAAUUGUAGAAAAAAGCAAAGGAAUCGAAGUGUGCUGCUGGCUGAGAAAGUACAUUCUAAGUUUGUGACUGCUAAACGAGAAACAAGAAAAAGAGUAGCAAAGAAAAUUGAGGAAAUAAAAGAAAAUGUUCUUACAGUCCCCAAUGCAUUGUGUGCACUUAGGAUCAUUUCUACUCCUGUACUAGGUUACCUUGUUCUGCUCGAAUUCUAUACUGCUUCUCUUGGUCUUUUUAUUUUUGCAGGAUUUACAGAUUUAAUUGAUGGAUACAUAGCACGUAAUUUUCCAAAUCAGCAAACCAUGAUUGGAAGUUUUUUAGAUCCUGCUGCUGAUAAGCUCUUGAUUGCUACUUUGUUCGUUACCCUAACUGCAAAUGGUCUUAUUCCAGUUCCACUGACCUCUUUAAUUAUAUUAAGGGAUGCCUGCCUGAUGGGUGCUGGCUUUUAUAUACGCUAUGUGUCCUUACCACCUCCUAAAACUCUGAGUCGAUAUUUUGACAUGUCAUUUGUUACUGCCCGAUUAUCACCUACAGCUAUAAGUAAGGCAAAUACUCUGAUACAGUUAUCCCUCGUAGCUGCAUCUCUUGCUGCACCAGUUUUUAGUUAUGUGGAUCAUUUGUAUUUGCAUAUCCUUUGGUACAUUACCGGAACUACCACAGUUCUCUCAGCUGCUAGUUAUUUGUACUAUAAGCAAUCUACAUACAAACUAUUUACAUUACCAGAAAAGAAGAAUAAAAGUUGAUCCUUUAUUUUAUGAGGAAGAAAAGUGCAAUCUUGCAUCUGUUGAUAUUUUAUUAAGUGCUUUAGAUUGUUACAAUAUAUAAAAAUAACUACAUGAUCUAUUUUAUCUGGUAAAUAAAAUUUUCAUAAUAUUUACCAAAGUACCUUAUGAUUAAGUGUUAAGUAUACUACUGUCCCUGAAAUUGAAAUUAUAUUACAUAGAACCUCAUGAAAAGGAAAGGGAAUGUUUAUUAAUUAAUCUAAUUUAAAAUAAAACUGUUAGCUCCUUUUUAAUGUUAAUUGUUACAUUUGCACAAUUUUGUAAAGAUAUAUAAAUUAUCAAUUUUGAAAGAAGUGCAAGGAAAAGAUUUUAAAAAUUUAUUAGCAUAUGACAUCAUGAAGUAAAAUUUUUUAAUUAAAUUGUAAAUUUGUAUAAAAUUUCAUCAAUUAGUUCAGAAUAUUUAAGGAAUAUUUAUGAGCAAGCAUGUUGGAGAGAAAUUUUACAUUAAAUACAAUCAAAAAUAUUUUUGUUUUAGCAUGUUGUUGCAUAUCUCAUAUCUUUUUGUAAUACACAUUAUAAAAUAUCAGUUAUUUCUUUGUGAAGUAGUGUGCUUAGAUCUUUGUGAAGAGCUGAGACAUUUGUGUCCCAGCCUUUGGCUUGAAAAUCGUUUGUCCAAAAAAAUCCUAAAUGCUAAAUUUACCUUAAUUAUGACAUAUUUGGUUAGGAAAUGGGGUAAUUUUUUUUAAAUUCGUAAUCAAAUGGUUAAAUUAUAUUGUAAUUAGUUAACGUUUAAUAAGUAUCCUUUUUUCCAACAAUUUUUAUUUAUAACACUAGAUUAAGUCUUCAUACAAAGAAAUAGAAACAAUGUAAAUAAAGACAAAAUAUAAAAUGACCGAAAGUUGUUGAAAUAAUGUGAAAGUAAAAAUAAAGGAAAUGGCCACUAUUUGCACUCAGCUGUUAACAUUUGAAAUAUGGAAAUAAAAAUUUUAGUGAAAUUUAA